UUUACAUUAUUUGCAUGAGUAGUUGGUGCUGGCGGUUUCCCUCCAUAAAAAGGGCAGCUAUAUAAGUAGCGAAUACACAUAUAGGCCCAUUCUUCAGAAUGGAUUCCGAUAUACUGAAGAUAGAGGAGAUCGUGAUGGGAGGUGGGGAGACUGCUGCCCCUGCUGACGUGAACGCUGAGAAAGCGGGGAAGCCGUACACCGCGAUCAUCAUCCAGGAUCCUCCUCCAGCACCUGUCCUUCAGUCCUACCAGCAUGAGAGCUUGCAGUGUUUCCAGUGUUUUAUAACCUUCUGUAACUCCAAAGCCAAGGAAAGGCAUAUGAAGAAGAGUCACCGUGAAGAAUACAAACAGCAACUGCAGCAGUGUGACACACUCUUCACCUGUUAUGUUUGUGAUCGCACAUUCCCAUCCUCUGAGGAACUAACACUGCAUCAGUCUACUCACAACAAGGAAGACAAACCCUUCAAGUGCGCACACUGCGGAGAGAGCUUCCGUACAUUCUCAGAGUUGACCACACACCGGCGGCAGGUGUGUUACGGGCGUCAGUUUUUGUGUAGAGAAUGCAACGAGACGUUCCGGAGCCAAGCACUUCUCCGUACUCACCGUCUGGCCCAGCACCCUGCGCGCCCGGAUGGAGACGACACUGACAAUCCUAGCAAAACCCACCGCUGUGGUAAAUGUGGCAGGGGAUUUGAAGAGGAGUCUGAGCUGCUGAGCCAUCAAGAAAACCACGCAGCGAACCAGCACUGCAAUGGCAGCAGCCCUGUCAAGAGGCGUGGCCGGCCUCCCAAAGCCGAAACAAGCUUGGCGACUGGAGAGAAGAAGCAAAAACGUAGCAAAAACGAAGAAAAUGAAAUUGCAGAGAAAUCAGAGGACGCACCCGCAGCGCCCCCAGCACCACCAGCACCACCAGCAGUUGAGGCUAAACCCAAAACAGUGGGAAGGCGAGGGCGGCCACCAAAAUCUGCCUCGCAGGAUCCCAAAUCUGACGAAGACAAAUCUGACAGCAAGAAAACAAAGGCGGCUUCUCCGACAGCUCGCCAGAUCCCGUGCCCAGAGUGUGACCUUUUUUUCUCUGCACCAGCUCAACUCCGGGCGCAUAAGAAAGAGAAGCACACACAGCGCAAGGCACAUCCAUGCCAGGAGUGCGAGGAGAGCUUCAACCGUGCUGAGCAGUUGGAGGCCCACAUGGCCCGCGCACACAAGGCUGGCCGUUACUCCUGCUCGACAUGUGGCAAGAGCUUUGGCCGAGAGAGCAACCUUAAAGCCCACCAACAAAGCCAUGGGAAGGAGGAUGAGAAGUCUGCUGGGGGCGGCAAGAGAUAAGCUGAGCGUGAGAGAGGAAUGAGGCUUUGACGGAAAUGGGUUAGGGCUUUCAAGGUUUCUAAAGCAACCUUUAGUGGAAGAAAAUGAAAAAAAAACAUGUUUUGGUUUAUAGUUUGGAGACAGGCUUGAGAUGCUUUGAGUGGGCGAGACUCUUUAGAGUUUCGUGUGAAAACUGGAAACCUGAAAGUCCCAUUUGGCUUCCUCAUUUCAUUCUGACAUGUUUUAAUAGCUGUGGCAUAAGUAUAUGAUUUGGGCCACAAUUUAAAAUGUAUAGCAUAAUCAAACCCAUGUCUCACAUAUGCCAGAAUUGUAGGGGCAUGAACCUGAUUUAAAAAAAAAAAAAGAAGAAGAAGAAAGAAAGAAAAGGAAAAAAAAAAAAAAGCCCAGUCUUAGUGAAAGGAUUUGCAUUAGGCUUUUAUUCAAAUAUUUUAAUGUAAUUUUUUUUAUAAAUAUGAGUGCGUUGUUUUUACAUUAUAUUUUAGAAGUUUUGGGACGAAAGGUAUGCCUAAAUGGAAUUAGUGUUUUCUGAUGGUAAGCAUCAAUUAGCGAAUUAGCAGAUUUAUUUAAUUUCCUGUUGCACCACAAGGCGUUACUUUUAACUUUGUUACAUGUGACUAGCGAUUCAGAGCUGUUAUAAGAGAUGAUUACUCAUGUUACCCCAUUUUUUUUUUUAAUAAAAAAUUCUAAUUUUAUUUGUUUAUAAUAAUCUGUGACUCCUAAUCAUAAUUACACAGCAAACUGACAUGUACAGAAGCUGUUGCUGUGUAGAAGUAAAUUCAGUCUUUCUCCAGCUACUUGUUUUAAGAAGAGGUCUAACAUGCCUGGUCUAACAUUUAUCUGAGCUAACCUUUUUAAUUCUGCACAUGCACUCUUUGUAUUCAUUAAAACUUUAACCAGCAAUUGUAUUACUAUGAUUUACUUGAUGGCGGUUGUUCAAUGUGAACGUGAUACCUCUCAUUUUAUCAUAGUAAUGCAGAUACGUUUUUAAACUCUUAAAAGCAGCUACAUGAUGCAGGUUUAAUUGUCCUCAUUUGAAUCCGAAUAGUUAGCUCACGUCUGUCUCGGUGUUAUCAAGCAAGUAAAAAUGUUUCCUCUGACAUCUGUAAAUUAAUGCAUACACCCUGGCCCAUGUUUUGAUGAUUUUAUUUUAUUUUUUUUAAACAUUAGUAAUGCACAAACUUUGACCACUGUAGCCCUCUGGGGGGAAAAAUGUAUCCUGUGUCUUCAAUUUAAUUUUCCCCAUGUUGCCUAAAUGGUUUAAAAUUAAAGAAAACCACCUUAAGGA